CCCGCCCCUUUGUUUUGUUCUCAUCUGGAACGUGAACAGGCCGCUUGCGUUUGAACAGGUAGCUAGAAGACGACUGAAAACGAAGAAAGGAUUAUGUUUACAAUCCAACCGGUCUGAGAGAACAGAACACUACCACUCAACUCUCUCUGUUUCCCCCACGCUCUCCACCAGGUCUGAGAGAACAGAACACUACAACUCUCUGUUUCUCCACACUCUCCACCAGGUCUGCGUCACACCAAACGGCGGGUGUUAUUUACAUUUACAUUUAAGUCAUUUAGCGUUAUAAACACUGGGAAACUUCAACUGAUCCUCCUCAACACUUAAUGCCAGCCCAUGUAUCACUCCUUUGAAAGAUACCCUGCUCCACCAAAGCAAAUCGCAUGUCCCUAAUGGCGUGAUCUGAAGCGCCCGCUCCCCCUGGACUGAAGAAACACAGUAAAUAAUCACUUAUCCUAGUUACUCUCAGCACCUCUUCUCCACCCAACCUGACAGCACAUAUGGAUCUGCCCCACCCCACCCCAAAAAAUGCAAGGAUCCAUUUUUCUCCACAAAUCUCACUCCCACUGGGCCAGAAUCAUCCCUUUUCAUCUUCUUGACGAGGCCCGAACUCGCCGGUCCUCGCCACAGGAUAGCUUGUCGUAGCUGUUGGAUCCUUCCAAAUAAAAACUAGUAUAUGGGUCGCUGCAGCCCAAUAUGGUGACCGGAGUAUGGGGGAGUGGGUGUGUCGGAAGGAGUGGGCGUGUCGGAAGGAGUGAAGCAACAGUACAAUCAAAAAUAAACAAUCGUCAGUUUUAUAACUGAAAAUGUGUAAUUAUUUGUGUAAAACUAACAAUGAAAUACGACUGCCUCAUCCUCUGGCUUCAGAACAGAAGUCCAAUUUCUCGCGGUAUCUCAAUGUACGGUCGCUGCCUUUUAAGAAACCGAAGGGGAAGAAAGGGGAGCGAUUUCCACCCACCCCUUUCCACACACCCACCCUUUUCUACACGCCCACUCAUUAUACACGCCCACUACUUUCCUUUUGACACGCCCACUCAUUAUACACGCCCACUACUUUCCUUUUGACACGCCCACUCAUUAUACACGCCCACUACUUUCCUUUUGACACGCCCACUCAUUAUACACGCCCACUACUUUCCUUUUGACACGCCCACUCAUUAUACACGCCCACUACUUUCCUUUCGACACGCCCACUACUUUCCUUUUCGACAGGCCCACUACUUUCCUUUUCGACACGCCCACUCAUUAUACACGCCCACUACUUUCCUUUUCGACACGCCCACUCAUUAUACACGCCCACUACUUUCCUUUUCGACAGGCCCACUACUUUCCUUUCAACACACCCACUCAUUAUACACACCCACUACUUUCCUUUCAACACACCCACUCAUUAUACACACCCACUACUUUCCUUUCGACACGCCCACUCAUUAUACACACCCACUACUUUCCUUUCGACACGCCCACUACUUUCCUUUUCGACACACCCACUACUUUCCUUUCGACACGCCCACUCAUUAUACACGCCCACUACUUUCCUUUCGACACGCCCACUCAUUAUACACACCCACUACUUUCCUUUCGACACGCCCACUCAUUAUACACGCCCACUACUUUCCUUUAAACUGAUGGGCGAGUCACGACAUACAGUACCAGUCAACAGUUUGGACACCUACUCAUUCCAGGGUUUUUCUUUAUUUUACUUUUUUCUACAUUGUAGAAUAAUAGUGACGACAUCAAAACUAUGAAGUAACACAUAUGGGAUCAUGUAGUAACCAUAAAGUGUUAAACAAAUCUAAAUAUAUUUUAUAUUUGAGAUUCUUCAAAGUAGCCUUAACAUUCUCUCAACCAGCUUCAUGAGGAAUGCUUUUCCAACAGUCUUAAAGAAGUUGCCCCAUAUGCUGAGCACUUGUUGGCUGCUUUUCCUUCACUCUGCGGUCCAACUCAUCCCAAACCAUCUCAAUUGGGUUGAGGUCAGGUGGUUGGUGGUUGAGGUCAGGUGAUUGUUUGUAAACAAAAUAAAUGUAAACAAACACUGUAUAGUCUCAAAAUAUAGUUACAACUGUGUAAUUUAGAUUUCAUGGAUGGUCAGUCCUUGCAUCUAUAGCUCUGUCAAUGAAUUUGAGAGUGGUUAGAUUUCUCCUGCCCCAUCCCACCGCUUUUUAUCAAAACAGGGUCGGGGAUGACGCUUUGUUAUUAUUUUAACUGCUGAUCGGUGCUUUAAGUAAAAAAAUGUAAGAUUGACAAUCUAAUGUAGAAAAUGUUUUGAUUUGACAGACUCCGCAAAACUGAGUGCCGCUACACAUCUACAUAGAUGGUCAAAACUGUUGUUUCUUUUCUCUCACCAUGUUCUCCUGUUUCCACAGGGGACCUCACAAGGAGAUUCCACAGGGGACCUCACAAGGAGAUUCCACAGGUGACCUCACAAGGAGAUUCCACAGGGGACCUCACAAGGAGAUUCCACAGGGGACCUCACAAGGAGAUUCCACAGGGGACCUCACAAGGAGAUUCCACAGGGGACCUCACAAGGAGAUUCCACAGGGGACCUCACAAGGAGAUUCCACAGGGACCUCACAAGGAGAUUCCACUGCUCUGGUGACAGGAAGAAGAUCUGGUGUUAUGACAACUCCAGAUAUGAGUUCUCUAUUUUUUACUUAACCAACAAUGCAGUUUUAAGAACAAUGAUUGUCAAGGGCUUGUAAGUAAGCAUUUCACUGUAAGGUCUCAACACAUGUUGUAUUUGGCGCAUGUGAAAAAUUAACAUUUGAUUUGACACAAGAGAGAGACACCUCACACUUGUUGCAGCUCCAUUCAAUAACCAGUUGUUAUUGCUCCUUUUACCAAGAAACAUUCAAACUCUGCAGGGACAAAAUGAAUCAAGAGGAGGGAGUGUUGAUGGAUGAAAUUGAAAAGAGUUUAUGGAAUUUGACUGAGGACAAUUUACGUUACCUGUGUGAACAUCAUGGACAUGAUGCAUCCGAAGUUAAAGGAAUCGAUCACCGUUCGUUGCGGCGUAAAAUCAUGGAGGAAAUGUGGGACAAUACGGAUUCAAUGAAAUCAGAGGAGCAGGGAACGUCUUGGUUACUUCAACUGAAAGAGGACAUCAGGAGGAUGCUGGAGGAUGCUAGCAGUGCACCCUCGAGUCCCCUCCAGGCUGAGGAUGCUAGCAGUGCACCCUCGAGUCCCCUCCAGGCUGAGGAUGCUAGCAGUGCACCCUCGAGUCCCCUCCAGGCUGAGGAUGCUAGCAGUGCACCCUCGAGUCCCCUCCAGGCUGAGGAUGCUAGCAGUGCACCCUCGAGUCCCCUCCAGGCUAUGGAUGCUGUAGACUGUGAUGAAGAGUGGAGCGGAGAGGGAGUGGCUGGGUUACCUAGCGACGGGUUGGAGGCGGAGUCCAUGAGUCCCACACAAUCCAACGACGCUGCAGACUGCGACGUGGAGGACAAGGAUUGGUUACCUAGCAACAGACUGGAGGCGGAGUUUUCUCCAGAAAGGCACACACUAGAGCAAAGAGUGAGAGGCGACACGUCUCUCCCGCCCCCCUCCACUCUCCUGAAGACCCUGUGUCGUGCCACUCCGGGUACCGCCUUAAUUUGGGGUCUGAAGAGGGUGUCUGUGCAGCUGAUGGACUGCAGGAAAACACCAGGGCAGAAAACACACAAGAAAACCCACUCCUGUCCUCAAGGCGGGAAGAGUUUUGCCACAAAAGAUAUUCUGGAGCGACAUCUGCUAACUCACACUGGAGAGAAACAGAAAAAUAUAUGCGCUGAAUGUGGAAAAGUAUUCAGUACAUUUUCCAGCCUUACCAGGCAUCUGAAAACUCAUACUGGAGAGAAAUGUCAUGUUUCUGAAACCACAUGCUCUGAAUGCGGAAAGACAUUCAGUACACAUUCCAGUCUUAGGAGACAUCUGCUAACUCACACUGGAGAGAAACCGUACGUUUGUCCUCGUGGGAAGAAUUUCAAUGAUCCAGGCAACUUAAAGAAACACAUCUUUAGAACUCACUCAGGAGAACAUUUUGAAGAGGAACCUUCCGAAAACAAUGUUGGUUCCUCAGAACAUGAUGGGGCCGUGAAGAAACAAGUCCUUCAUCCAUGUGCUCACUGUGGUAAGAAGUUGUCAACCAAGACAAGACUAAAGAUUCACCUGAAGACCCACACUGGAGAGAAACCUCACGUCUGCCCCGACUGCGGGAAGAGCUUUGCUUUCCGUCCCUCCUUGACCAAACAUCAGAAACUUUGUCAUUCAGAGCACGGAGGAGUGAAACGGCACGAAUGUUCAGUGUGUGGGAAAGUCUUUAAUCAACCAGGAGCCUUGAGGUCCCAUCAAAGAACCCACACUGGAGAGAAACCCCACCUCUGCUCCGACUGUGGGAAGCGUUUCUGUUUUCGUUCGUCUCUGAGAAGACAUCAGGUACUCCACGCAGGAGACAGUGCGAAGCCCCACGUGUGCUCUGUCUGUGGCAAAGGCUUCAGAGAUUCUGGAUACUUAAAAAAACAUCAAUCCAUUCAUUCAGGAGAGAAACCUCACCUCUGCUCCAAUUGCGGAAAAACUUUCACGUCCUUCCUUAGCUUAACAAAUCAUUCCAAAUCACAUCGUCUAGAUGGAAACCAAUUCCAAUGCCCUGAAUGUAAGCGCCAUUUCCCAACAAAGGAAAGGCUGACAAGCCACCGGAGGACGCAUACUGGUGAAAAACCGUUCUGCUGCUCCCAAUGCCACAAGCGCUUCUCUCAUUCAAAUAGUUAUCAAAGGCACCUUCGUAUGCACUCCGGUGAAAAACCCUUUGUGUGUCCUCUCUGUGGGAAGCGAUUUAAUGACUCUUCGAACCUUAGAACACAUGUUAGAAGACAUAAAGGAGAAAAGGUAGGAAAGACACAGGUCUCUGAGCCAUGCCCUCACUGUGGGAAGAGGCUGGCUUCUAAGGCAGGGUUAGAGACCCACCUGCGGAUCCACACUGGAGAGAAACCUCACCUCUGUGCCAUCUGCGGCAAGCGAUUUACCUUCCUCUCCGCCUUGAGAAGACAUCAGAAAACGCAGCACAGAGAGCAAGUAGCGAAGCCGCACGUCUGUUCUGUCUGUGGGAAAGGCUUCGUGGAGUCUGGAGCGCUGAAGAAACAUGUGGUGACCCACGAGGAGAAACAGCACCUUUGCUCCGAUUGCGGGAAGAGUUUUAGGGUGCUUCAGGCCUUGUCGAUUCAUCAGAGAACCAAGCAUCAGAAAACAAAUGAGCAAGUAAGAGAAAACAAUUCAUACCUCUGUCUUACUUGCGGCCAGGAAUUCAAUUCGAAGCAUAGAUUGGUAAUCCACGAGAGAAAGCACACAGGAGAGAAACCUUACCAAUGCUCUCUGUGUGGCAGGUGCUUCGCUGAUAAGACUAACAUGAGACGUCACCAGACAGUGCACACAGGAGAGAAACCAUUCCAAUGCUCCGUCUGUGACAUGAAGUUCUCUCAAGUCGCCUCUUUAAUACGGCACCGGCUAAUACACUCGGGUCACAAACCGCACCACUGCACUUACUGUGACAAGAGUUUCUCUCAGUCGAACACGCUGAAAACGCACAUACUAACCCACACCGGAGAGAAACCGUACCAGUGCCCCGACUGUGGGAAGGGUUUCACUGAAAAGAAAGCCAUUAAGAAACACCAACACGACACACACGGGACAGGAGCACACAGCAACACACUCAAAAUGAUACUGAGUCCCCCCUCCUUGUGUAACUAUUCUAACUCUCAUACAGUUUAUUUAUUAUUGCUGUUUUGUUUUUUUACCAAGAAACAUUCUAACUCGACAGACAAUAUGAGUCAAAAGAAGGGAACAUUGAUGGAUGAAAUCGAAAAGAGUUUAUGGAAUUUAACUGAGGACAAUUUACGCUCCCUUUGUGAACGUUAUGGCCAAGAUGCAUCCGAAGUUAAAGGAAUGGAUCACCGCUCGUUGCGGCGUAAAAUCAUGGAGGAAAUGUGGGACAAUACGGAUUCAAUGAAAUCAGAGGAGCAGGGAACAUCUUGGUUAGUUCAACUGAAAGAGGACAUCAGGAGGAUACAGGAGGAGGGUAGUGGUGCACCCGUGAGUCCCAGCAAAGCCGAUGAAGGAGGGGCUGGGUUACCUAGCAACAGGUUGGAGGUGAGUCCCAGCCAAUCGGAUGAAGAUGAUCCUGUAGACUGCGAUGAAGAAUGGAAUGGAGAGGGAGGGGCUGGGUUACCUAGCAACAGGUUGGAGGUGGAACCCAUGAGUCCCAGCAAAGCCGAUGAAGAUGAUGAUCCUGUAGAUUGCGAUGAAGAAUGGAACGGAGAGGGAGGGGCUGGGUUACCUAGCAACAGGUUGGAGGUGGAACCCAUGAGUCCCAGCCAAUCGGAUGAUGAUAAUGACGCUGCAGACUGUGACGCAGGGGACACGGAUUGGUUGCCUAGCAAUGGGCUGGAGGCAGAGUCCACGAGUCCCAGCCAGUCCGGUGAUUGUGAUGCUGCAGACUGCGAUGAAGAAUUGGACAGGGAGGUCAGGGAUGGGCUGGAGGUGGAGUUAUCUCCAGAGAAGCAUACACCAGAGCAGAAGGACAAGCGUCGCCCACCGAAGACCCUGUGUCGUGCCUCUCCCGGUACCGCCUUAAUUUGGGGUCUGAAGAGGGUGUCUGUGCAGCUGGUGGACUGCAGGAAAACACCAGGGCAGAAAACCCACUCCUGUCCUCAGUGUGGGAACAGUCUUGCCACAAAAGAUAUUCUGGAGCGACAUCUGCUAACUCACACUGGAGAGAAACAGAAAAAUAUAUGCGCUGAAUGUGGAAAAGUAUUCAGUACAUUUUCCAGCCUUACCAGGCAUCUGAAAACUCAUACUGGAGAGAAAUGUCAUGUUUCUGAAACCACAUGCUCUGAAUGCGGAAAGACAUUCAGUACACAUUCCAGUCUUAGGAGACAUUUGCUAACUCACACUGGAGAGAAACCGUAUGUUUGCCCUCGUUGUAAGAAAGGUUUCAAUGAUCCAGGAAACUUGAAGAAACACAUCAGGAGAGCUCACCCAGGAGAGAAGUUGGGUGUGGAGAGGCUCUACCGUGAACCGUGUCCUCACUGUGGGGAGAAGUUUCCCACAAAGAAGGCUUUGGAGGAGCACCUGGUAACCCACACAGGAGAGAAACCUCACCAGUGCUCUGACUGCGGGAAGGGAUUCAAGGAAUUGUCUAGUCUUAAGAGGCAUCUGAGAACUCAUACUGGGGAGAAACCAUACAUUUGCCCUCGUUGUGGCAAGCCUUUUAAUGAUCCAGGAAACUUGAAGAAACACAUGAAAAGAACUCACUCCGGAGAACAUUCCAAAGAGAAACCUUCCGAAAACAAUGUUGGUUCUUCAGAACAGGAGGAGACCGUAAAGAAGCCAGUCCUUCAUCCAUGUGCUCACUGUGGGAAGAAGUUGUCAACCAAGACAAGACUAAAGAUUCACCUGAAGACCCACACUGUAGAGAAAUCUCACAUCUGCCCCGACUGCGGGAAGAGCUUUGCUUUCCGUCCCUCCUUGACCAAACAUCAGAAACUUAGUCAUUCAGAGCACGGAGGAGUGAAACGGCACGAAUGUUCAGUCUGUGGGAAAGUCUUUAAUCAACCAGGAGCCUUGAGGUCUCAUCAAAGAACCCACACUGGAGAGAAACCUCACCUCUGUGCUGACUGUGGGAAGAGUUUCUCUUUUCAGUCGUCUCUGAAAAGACAUCAGGCACUUCACGCAGCAGGUAGUGCGAAGCCCCACAUGUGCUCUGUCUGUGGGAAAGGCUUUAGAGAUUCUGGAUACUUAAUAAAACACCAAGCCAUCCAUUCGGAAGAGAAACCUCACCUCUGUUCUGAUUGUGGAAAGACUUUUGCAUCCUUAUUUACCUUAACGAAUCAUUCCAAAUUGCAUCGUUUAAACAGAGACCAAUUCCAAUGCCCUGAAUGCAAGCGCCAUUUCCCAACAAAGGAAAGGCUGACAAGCCACCAGAGAACGCAUACUGGGGAGAAACCAUUUCGCUGCUCCCAAUGCCACAAACGCUUCUCUCACUCAAGUAGUUAUCAAAGGCACCUUCGUAUGCACACUGGGGAGAAACCCUUCAUUUGCCCCCUUUGCGGGAAGCAAUUUAACGACUCUUCGAAUCUUAGAACACAUGUUAGAAGACAUAAAGGAGAGAAGGUAGGCAAGACACAGGUCUCUGAGCCAUGCCCUCAAUGUGGGAAGAGGCUGGCUUCUAAGGCAGGGUUAGAGACUCACCUGCGGACCCACACUGGAGAGAAACCUCACCUCUGCGCCGACUGCGGCAAGAGCUUCGGCUUCCACUCAGCUUUGAGAAGACAUCAGAAAACGCAGCACGGAGAGCAAGUAGCGAAGCCGCACGUCUGCUCUGUCUGUGGAAAAGGUUUCAUGGAAUCUGGAGCGCUGAAGAAACAUGUGGUGACCCACGAGGAGAAACAGCACCUCUGCCCCGACUGCGGGAAGACCUUCAGGGUGGUUCAGGCCUUGUCAAAUCAUCAGAGAACCAAGCAUCAAAAAACGAACAAGGAAGUAAGAGAGAAGAAUCCGUUCCUGUGCCUUACUUGCGGCCAGGAAUUCAAUUCAAAGCAUAGAUUGGUAAUCCAUGAGCGAAAGCACACAGGAGAGAAGCCUUACCAAUGCUCCCAUUGCGACAAAUGCUUCACUGAGAAGUCAUACAUGAAACGUCACCAGACGGUGCACACGGGAGAUAAACCUUUCCAAUGCUCCGUCUGCGACAUGAAGUUUUCGCAUGGUGCAUCUUUAAUACGGCACCGCCUAAUACACUCAGGUGAGAAACCGUACCACUGCACUUACUGCGACAAGAGUUUCUCUCAGUCAAAUACGCUGAAAACACACAUACUAACGCACACCGGAGAGAAACCGUACCAGUGCCCCGACUGCGGGAAGCGUUUCACUGAAAAGAAAGCCAUGAAGAAACACCAGCGCAACACACACGGAACAGAGAUACACAGCAACACACACGGGUCAGGGGCACACAACUCUGCUUUCUCUUUGCCUGGUAAAAAACAGAGAUUGAGUCAAGACCGGAGCCCUCGAGCAAAGCCGUACCAAUGCCCUGACUGUGGCAAGUGUUUCUCAGAGAAAAGAGCUCUUACGAAACACCAGAAGACACACCGGAGAGACAGCGCCCCCUAUUGGUCCGGUAUACUGCAGCGAUGGAGUCAAGACCCGCAACACUCUAAUACUGACUCAGACUCUGACCAAGACCAAGACUGGACCUCUUUAUAAAGACUCAGACCAAGACUGGAGAGACUCAGACCUCCUUAUAAAGACUCAGACCAAGACUGGACCUCUUUAUAAAGACUCAGACCAAGACCUCUUUAUAAAGACUCAGACCAAGACUGGACCUCUUUAUAAAGACUCAGACCAAGACUGGACCUCUUUAUAAAGACUCAGACCAAGACUGGACCUCUUUAUAAAGACUCAGACCAAGACAGGACCUCUUUUUAAAGACUCAGACCAAGACAGGACCUCUUUUUAAAGACUCAGACCAAGACUGGACCUCUUUUUAAAGACUCAGACCAAGACAGGAGAGACUCAGACCAAGACUGGACCUCUUUUUAAAGACUCAGACCAAGACAGGAGACUCAGAUCUCUUUAUAAAGACUCAGACAGGGCCUCAGUAUUGACCCCCAGUCAGAUGAGCCCAGGACCUCGUUUAAACAGGGCAGAUAGGAUUGUGUUGUCUUGUUUUGGCCAGCAGUUCUUCAGGCUUUUCCCCUUCUUCACACUAUGUCAACCUUCAGUAUGUGAAUUCUGCUUUAAUUAAAGCAAUUUUGUUUCGUU